GUUCGUUCCGUUCGCCUCUUCAAUUUCUUUCAUCAACAAUCUCUGGAGAGAGUGAGUGACUCUCAUUCCAACUCCAAAUUCAAUUUAAUCCACCAAACUUUCUUCCGAUUACUCUCUACAAUUCUUUUUUUCUCCUAAACCCAAUGGAGGGUACGAUUCGGUGCUCUGCGAACUACGUUCCUCUCUCACCAAUCAGCUUCUUGGAACGGUCGGCGAUGGUGUACAGAGAUAGAGUCGCCGUGGUGUAUGGUAAUAUCAAGUUCACAUGGAGAGAGAUUCUCGAGAGGUGUACCAGACUCGCUUCUGCUCUGACCCACCUGGGUAUUUCUCGUGGUGAUGUCGUUGCAGCUUUGGCCCCAAAUAUUCCAGCAAUGUAUGAGCUACACUUUGGAGUUCCAAUGGCCGGGGCUGUCCUUUGUACACUUAAUAUACGUCAUGACUGCACAAUGGUGUCGACCUUACUGAAACAUUCAGAGGCCAAAAUCAUAUUUGUAGAUUAUCAAUUUUUGGGUAUUGCCCGGGAAGCAAUAGAAAUUCUAUCAAAGAAAAGCACCAAAGUACCUCGUAUGGUCUUCAUACAGGAUUCUGGCAAUAUUUCCCCCAGCAAUAACAUGGUAUCCACUACAGGAUGCUUAGAAUACGAGUUCCUUCUAGCAACAGGAAGACUUGAUUUUGAGAUUAAACGGCCAAAGGAUGAAUGCGAUCCCAUCUCUCUCAAUUAUACUUCAGGCACAACAUCAAGCCCAAAAGGUGUUGUUUAUAGUCAUAGAGGUGCCUAUCUCAAUUCUCUUGCUGCUGUUCUUCUUAAUGAAAUGGCUUCAAUGCCCGUCUAUCUAUGGACGGUUCCAAUGUUUCACUGUAAUGGCUGGUGCCUCACAUGGGGCGUGGCAGCACAAGGUGGCACAAAUGUUUGUUUGAGGAAUGUCACUGCAAAGGGAAUUUUUGACAGUAUAGCUCGGUACCAAGUGACCCACAUGGGUGGUGCACCCACCGUUUUGAACCUGAUAGUAAAUGCAGCCCCUAGUGACCGAGGACCAAUUCAGGGAAAGGUGGCAGUGAUGACAGGUGCUGCACCACCGCCACCUCAGGUGCUUUUUAAGAUGGAGGAUCUGGGAUUUAAUGUGACCCACUCAUAUGGCCUGACAGAAACCUAUGGUCCGGGGACAGUCUGUACGUGGAAACCCGAGUGGAAUGCCCUGCCUCCUAAUGCUCAGGCAAAGAUCAAAGCCCGUCAAGGGUUGCACCAUCUUGGCAUGGAGGAAGUUGAUAUCAAGGAUCCUGCCACAAUGAAGAGUGUACCUCCAGAUGCAAAGACAAUGGGUGAGGUUAUGUUCAGAGGCAACACUGUAAUGAAUGGGUACUUGAACGACAUUGAAGCAACACAGGAUGCUUUUAAAAAUGGGUGGUUCAGAAGUGGAGACUUAGGGGUGAAACACCCUGAUGGUUACAUAGAACUAAAGGAUCGCGCAAAGGACAUUAUCAUUUCAGGCGGAGAGAACAUUAGCUCGAUCGAGGUGGAGUCUGUGCUUUAUAGCCAUCCAGCGGUUCAGGAGGCAGCUGUUGUGGGAAGACCUGAUGAUCAUUGGGGGGAGACACCUUGUGCAUUCGUGAAGUUGAAGGAUGGGUGUAAUGUAACUACCGAUGAAAUUAUUGGGUACUGUCGUGAUCGCUUACCCCAUUACAUGGCUCCUCGAACAGUUGUUUUUGAAGAUUUGCCCAAAAAUUCAACAGGAAAGACAGAGAAAUUUGUCCUCAGGCAGAAAGCCAAGGUUAUGGGAAGCCUUUCCAAGACAAGUAUUAGCAAAUUGUAGUCGCAGGUCUAUUUGAAGUUUAUCUUUGUUGAUUGAAUGUUGAAAUGUGUUGUGUUUUCAUCAAGACUGCAUUGAGGUAAACCAUAUGUUGUGAACGCGUGAAUAAGUUCUUGGCAAUUAGCAAAUUGCACCUUCUAUAUCAGCCCUUCGACUCAAGUG